CUUUUGAAUGCUUCUCCCUGUGGCUGUGGACCUGGAGCCUUUAUAAAGCGAACCGGUGCUCCCUCCUGCCCAGUCGCAGCUGCGAAGCCGGCCAGCCAUGAGGGUCUACUACCUUCUCUUUGCAUUGGUCUUCUUGUUCUUGCUGCCUCUUCCAGGCAGUGGAGGAAUCAUAAAUAUAUUACAGAGGUAUUAUUGCAAAAUAAGGGGUGGCCGGUGUGCUCUGUUUGGCUGCCUUCCAUGGGAGACACCCUCAGGCCGUUGUUCCCAGAGUGGUCGAAACUGCUGCCUAAGGAGAAAAUGAAAAAUCCAGAAGCACGAUGAGAAUAUUGCCAAGUGUGAAAAUGCUCCCUCGAAGUCUAUAGAAGCCAAAUCAAAUUAAAGAUUUUUUACAAAAAAA